AUGAGACCUAAAACAAGCUCACUUGGGAGGAAUUCCCAUGUCUAUCUUGUACAUAUCCUGCGUUUUUCUCAGCUAAGUCUUGCAGGAACAGGUUUUAGGAAGGAGAGGCAACCAACUCGAGGCACAACUCGAUCGAGCCAAGAGCAAGCUCGAUCGAGCUGCCAACAGUCGAGUGGAGUGCUCCUGAUGGCCGUCUCCCUCUCCAGACCACGACCUUGCCUCCCAGUUCUUUGGGGGGCACUGAGGUCUUUUGGAGCAUUCUGGAGCAUAUGGGACGUGAGGAGCAUGGAGGGACUUGGGCAUGGACGCAGCUCAACUGGAUACGCAAAGGAAGAAGGGAGAAGCCAUCUUGAAGACCAGCUCGACCAACCGGUCGAGUUCCUCAACUCGACCGGCCAAGCUUCAACUCGAUCGAGCUGA